UGCAUGAUACUGAGGGCAGCUGUCAGCUGGCUACAUGGUGUAUCGGUAAAUGACCGUCAACCGUGACUGAUAAAGACAAGUAGCCUGCGAUCCUCACGCGAAACACUGAAGCGGAGUAUUUUCGAACCGACAGAGUGCGCCGGCUGCCUCUUGUUUUCGUCAUCGGCCGCCCACUAUGGCCAAGAUCAUCGAGGACGACAGGUCCGAUGCGGGGUCCUCCACCUCGCAAGAUUCCUUCGACUCUGCGCACUCACACACAUCCCCGGCUACAGAGGGCACAAGCAGCAAGCAGCAGGCGCAUAAAGCCGAGCUUGAAUCGAUCCGCGCAGCUUACGACGUGGCUGCAGCACCGUCGACCUUGAGGAAGGAAGCGGACACCCUCGAGCGCGAUGCAGCUGUUCGCGCAAAGUACAAAGGUGUCAAGGCCACUCGUGCGGAGAUAUUUGGCGUUACAGAUGGGCCGAGUGGCGAAGAUAUCGAAUCAGGCGCAGAAGAAGACACAGGCGACUCGGAAGAAGACGAAAGCGACUCAGAUAGAGGAGAUGAUGAGAUGGAUUCUCAAGAAGGGAGCGAAGGCGAUGGGCUCGAAGGGCCAGAAUACGAAGAUGAGGAUGAAGAAUUAGAUGGACCCGAGGACGAAGAUGAGGAUGAUGACAAUGAAGAAGAUGACGACAAUGAAGCGAGUGAAGAGGACGAUGAUGACCUCUUAGAAGACGCGUCACACCUCAAGUCGUCCGUCGGUAUCACGCUCGCAGACCAAGCCGCAGAGCAAGGUCGACUGUUGUCUUCACUGGCAGCACGGAAGACGCAGGAUGCGCAAAAGGGGCGUGCAGUCCGCAAGCAACGUGAGCUGUACGAGGCUGCGCUUGACUUGCGUAUCAGGGCGCAAAAAGUGGUUGCAGCGUUAGGCAGCGUUGACCGCGCAGUCUUUGAUGCACUGCAAGACAUGGCUGAGGACCAUUCUUCCUGCUCGAAGCAAAAUCUUUACGAGCUGGGCGACAAGUUACUCGACCUCUCCUCCGACCUCUUCUGCUUGCGAACACAUCUUCUCCAGCAGAACCAUCCCUCCCUAGAGGACUCCGAGCCGUUGGCGGAGCAGGCCGGAAAAUGGUCCGGCGGAAGGAAGCGCAAGGCGUCAUCGCUAGAUGCUCUCGGUGCAGAAGCGAGCUCGCACAUCUUCAGUCUCACCAAGCUAGAGUCUGCUAUCGUCUGGCCCCUUUCCACCUCUGUCCUCUCGCGCUGGUCUUCGCAAGUCAAUGUCGGGCAGACCGACGGCUCGGGAGCGAACAAAUUCAACAGCAAGAAUGUCAGUGGUAUGCAGCUCAAGGCGGUCAACCAGAGUCCUGUGGCGCAGAUUGAGACCUCAAUGCGCGGCGAUGCGCUUGAUAGGCUCAAGGAGCGCACACGGACUUGGAGGGGAGGCAAACGGGUCAAACUGGUGUCUGAUGAGGGAGCUGACGGGGACGCCGACGAAGCCAACGGCACCAGAGAUGCGGAGGAUAUUUUCGACGACUCAGAUUUCUACCACUCGCUCCUGCGCGAGCUCAUUGAAUCACGCGGCGCCUCAUCCUCCGCCGCUUCCACUUCGCUACUUUCUGGCGGCGACGCCUCUGGCGACCCAUUGUUGCCGUUCGCAGCGCUGUCCAAGAACAAGGUCAAAAAGCAGGUUGAUACCAAGGCGAGCAAGGGGCGUAAGCUGCGCUACGAGGUGCAUGAGAAGAUCCAGAACUUCAUGCCCCCGAUCUCGACGCGUGUCACCUGGUCCGACGAACAGAUGAGCCGACUCUUUGCGCAGCUCGGCGGCAAGAUGGAAGAAGAUGCCGAACAGGAGACGGAUGAGGAGCCUCCGACGGUGCUGGCGAGUGGAGCGGGGCAAGUGGAGCUCAAUGGGUUGCGUCUGUUUGGAUGACGAUCGCAUUUGCAAUGCCGUAUAGCCAUAUCACCCGCAAAUAUACAGUCCAAAUGGUGUG